AUGUCGCUUACCCCAAGCCUGGACGCAAUGCUUGCGUUGUGGGAGAAACAGGAUCGAAAGAGUUUUCAGUUAAAGCGCCACCAAGAAAAACUUAAUUCUAGAGUUGCGUUCAUAAAAAAACUAAAUUCGCUUGAUGGUGACACUAAGUGCAUAUUUCGUGACCUUACUAAUACGCUAUGCAAACAAUUCGACUUUUAUUUGGGCAUCAAAUUUCCUUUUGAGCUGAAACCGAUGUUCAACUCUGCCCAUCCGGGCCUCGUUAUGUUGCAUGCUGGAGAUGUCUGCCAUGACGCUUUAAUAGAUGGGUACCUCCAUCGAAAAGCCAUGCACGAUUGGCUGAAAUGUGAAAUUGAUCGCAGCCAAUGGAUGUUCCGACAAGAGUUUGGUAUUUUUUUCUCUUCAACGUACGAACCAGAAGAUAGAAAGUGCCUAUACAGCCUGAACUGUUCCUUUAGAGCACAAGAAAAACAAGAGCUAAAAACUAUAACCAUGAAGUAUAUGCCAAUGCUGGAAUUCGAAUACAAUCCCUGGUUACUGCCUCAAUCGGGGUUAAUGAACGCCAUACCACUGCCGAUCAUGCUUAACGAUGAUCGCAUAUUUUUGAUCCGCACAUCAGCUAAAUGGCAGGAGGAUCUGCGGCGUUCGGAAAACAAUAUCCCGAAGAUUACGCGGCUAAUGCAGGAACUGCGUUAUGUUUAUAAUAUGCAAGAUUUAUCCAAUUACAUGAUUGAAAUGGUCGUUCUAUUAGAAAUUUCCAACAUCAAUUGGAAACAGGAUUUUGGUGAUGUUUUCAUAGGACUUUGGGAGAAGUUGGUGGAACAUUUGAAGUCUGGCGAACUAAAGACAUUCUUGCAACCAAAGCUUAAUAUCUUUAGGAAUAUGACACCAAGUGUUCUUAAAGACUACUACUAUGCCGCUGCUCAUGUGUUGGAUAAACUAAAGCAGUUGAAGUCAGCUGGAAAAAAUGUGGACAAAAAGGUGCUCAGUCUUUUCAACAUGGACAAAAUUAUUAUAAAUAAUAAAUAA